AUGGAUUUCGAGCUGCGGAGAGCGCAGCAGCGAUACGAGAAGGAGCAGCGGGAGAAGCGGGAUGCGGCGCGGGUGAAGGCGGAGAGGCAGAGGAAGGCGAAGGAAGAGAUCGAGGCGCGUCGGAGGGCUAUCGAAGAGGCGCAGAGGCUCAAGCGGCUGGAGGAGGCUGCAGCUGCUGAAGCAGCUCGUCUUCAAGCGGAGGCCGAUCUGCAAGCAGGAGGCGGCAUCCGCUUCAAUCGCGAGCUGAUCCCCGUCGCUAUAACGGGCGACCGCGAUAAGAUCACACUCCCUCAGUCAGUGUUGUCGGAUCUCCCGCUCGACGAGGCGCUCGAUAGAGGACCCAUGCUCUUCGAGCUCUCCGUUCCGCGCGCGGUUGGCGGAAGCACUGCAGGCGGAAGCGCAACCGGCGGAAGCGCUUCAGGCGGAAUGGAGGUUGAUGGGGAGGAAGAGGAUGACGCAGACGAGGGUGGUUAUGCGGUGGAUGUUGAUUUUAACGGGGGUGAUUCUAACGGGAGGAGAGUGAAGCGGAGGGUGACGCACGGAGGCGUUUUGGAGUUUACUGCGCCGGAGGGCUGUGUAGGUCUACCCCCUCUUAUCCUCCGAAAUUUGGGGUUAUCAGGGAUAAUAGACGUCUUUAAUCCGUCUGGUUCUCCCCCGCCUGUGCGCGUCCGCUUCGUCAAACUCCCUAAAGCAACGUUCGCGCGGCUCCAGCCGCUGCGCCACGGGUUUCUUGCUGACGUGGCGAACCACCGUGCUGUUUUGGAGUCGGCGCUACGGGGCCAGGCGGCGCUGACACGUGGCGACGUGCUAGUGGUCGGGUCGGAGGUGGGGGAGGUGGCGGUGCGGGUGUGCGAGGUGAAGGGCGUGGGCGGCGCGAGAGGCGCUGCUACAGUGAUUGAUGCUGACGUGGAAAUCGAGCUAUCGCCGUGGGAGGGGGAGGGGGAUGCGGAAGGCAAGGGGGGGAAGGGGUACAGGCAAGGGGAAGGCAAGGGGCAGGGAAAGGGGAAGGGGAAGGAAGGAGAAAUGGGGGAUGCGGGGAGGGAUGAGAAGAAUGAGGGGGACGGAUGGGCUAAGGCUGGCACUGGGAGAAAGCUGAGAGAAACAGAUGAACAACAAGGAGAGAAAGGCGAGAAAGGAGAGAAAGGGAAGGGUACAGAGGGAGGAGGUGGAGCAGGAGGAGGAGGAGGAGGCGGAGGGGUUGUUAAGAGGGAGGUAAUCCACGUGGGGAGUGCUGAUAGGCGCUUACUGGUGCUGCCUAUUGGGGGGAAGGGGCUAGCAGGGGAGAUUCAGGAGGGCGAGUGGAGGUAUUUCAAGGUUUAUGUUGAUGGAAGGUUGGGGAGAAGGUUGUAUCAGGGGGAGGUAGAACUGGAGUUUUGGUUGCAGCUUGAAGGGGGGUUGGCCGAGCUGCCUGCUGACGUGGCUCGAGGAGGUGCUGACGUGGCAGACGGUGAUGCUGAUCUGUACCUGUCCAAGCACCCGAUUGUGUACCCGUCGUCGCUGGACCAUGUCGUGUCAUCCAUUCUCCCUAUUGGCUCCAAGUCCCUUGUUCUCUCCGCAUCAGCACUGGCGAAAGCAGCAGUACCAGCAGCACCAGCAUCAGCGGUAGCAGCAGAAGCAGCACGAGUGGAAGUAUCAGGAACAGUAGUACCAGAAGGAGCAGCAGCAGCAGCAGCAGCAGCAGAAGCGCUGAAGGAGCCUGCAACGUACACUGUAGCAGUGCACGGUGCAGCAGGCACAUGCAGGUUCAAUAUUUCUGUGCACUCCAAAGAGUUGAUCUCCUCCGAUCUAGACCCUUCUGCGUCUGCUGCUGCUGCUGCUGGUGCUGCUGCUGCUGGUGCUGCUGCUGCUGCUGCUGCUGCUGCUGGUGCUGGUGUUGGUGGUGGUUGUGGCAUUAGUGGUGGUGGUGAUGAUGCUGCUGCUACCCCACCUGCCGACCAAUCCCGUUGCGGCAACUGUCGCCAGCUCAUCGCCACCCGCACGCUGCCCCUGCACGAGGCCUACUGUUCCCGGCACAACAUCGUUUGUCCACAUCCCGGGUGCUCCGUGGUGUUGAGGCGGGCGGAUCUGGAAUCGGGCGGCGAGCACCACCAGCACUGCGGGGAGUGCGGGGAGGUGUUUGGGGGAAGGAGGGAGAGGGAGAAGCACGAGCGGGUUCGGCACGGGGAGUUGGUGUGCGAGUGUGGACUUGUUGGGAAGGCUUCUGAAGUGCACCACCACCGGCGCACCACCUGUCCCCAUCGCCCCAUUCUCUGUCGCUUCUGCGCCGCUCUCGUGCCGGCCCUCGGCCCUCCUCUUUCGGCUAGAGACCGACUCAACGGCCUCGCACCCCACGAGGCGCAGUGCGGGGCCCGCACGGCCCCCUGUGACACGUGCAGACGGCCGGUUAUGCUGAAAGAGAUGGAUGUCCACGUGGCGGCUUUCCAUUCGCUGCCUGCCACGUCAGCAGCAUCGCCAGCUGCUGCCACUGCUGCUACCACCACUGCUGCUACUGCUGCUGCUGCUGCUGCUGCUGCUGCUGCUUUUCCUGCAAACGCUCCUCCUGCUGUGGGUGGUUGGAGGGCCACACGCAUGGACACAGAUAUGGACGAAGAGCAUUGGGCAAGAGCCUAUGCUGGAGAUUUUGAGAAGGAGCAGGGGUUGGAAGGAAGAGGAGGAUUUGGGAUGAUGGGGGAUGUAGGGAAUGUUGGAACGAGGGGUGGGAAUUUUGAGGGGGGGUUGGAGAGAAGGGAUGGGGCGGAUGGGGCGAGUGGGGUGACUGGGCCGGUGUCUGGGAGGUCGUUGAAUGUGGGGUGUCCGAUUUGUGGUGUGAUGGUGCACAGUGAGCGAGACCUCAAUGUGCAUCUGGAUGCAGCACAUUGA